CUCCUUCUGGCCUUCUCGCGCAGCGUGCCUCUGCUGUGGGGACUAGGGAGACAUGGCCGCGCUGCUGAGACCUGCCCGCUGGCUCCUGGCUGCCGGUGUGCCCCCGCGCCUCCCGUUGUCCCUGCGUUUCCUCGCGGCCGGCCCAGGCCGGCCACGCGUUGUCUCUUGUUUGCCGGCUGCUCGUGCCCGGCCUUUUGCAGGAGAGCUACUGAACCAAGCCAGGCUGUAUGCCAUUGCUGCUGAAAGAAAGAAUGAUCUAGAGGAGAACAGUUCUCAUAGGAGAAAUGCCUCUUUCCCUAGGAGGGAUACUGAUCAAUUUAGUUGGGCUCUAAUGAGAUUGGAUACUUCUGUCCGAAGAACGGGCCGUAUCACAAAGGGACUUUUGCAAAAAGUCUUUGAGAGCACAUGUCACUCAGGUAACCCAAGUGGUAAUCAAGCCUUGCUUCUGCUGCGCAGCUGUGGUUCCCUCUUGCCUGAGAUAAGUUUUAAGGAGAGAACAGAUUUUGUCCAUAAGAUAUGGGACAGACUUCAGGAAUUGGGUACUGUGUAUGAUGUGAGUCACUACAAUGCUUUACUCAAAGUCUAUCUUCAAAAUAAAUAUAAAUUUUCACCUACUGAUUUCCUGGCAAAAAUGGAGGAAGCAAAUAUUCAACCAAAUCGAGUGACCUACCAGAGACUGAUUGCUGCUUACUGUAAUGUAGGAGAUAUUGAAGGUGCCAGCAAGAUUCUUGAAUUUAUGAAGAAUAAGGACCUUCCAGUUACAGAGGGAGUAUUCAGUGCUCUUGUUACAGGGCACGCAACAGCUGGAGAUAUGGAGAAUGCAGAAAAUAUUCUGACAGUGAUGAGAGAGACUGGAAUUGAGCCUGGUCCAGACACAUACCUGGCCUUAUUGAAUGCAUAUGCUGAGAAGGGUGACAUUGAUCAUGUAAAGCAGACUCUAGAGAAAGUGCAGAAGUCUGAUCUGUACCUUAUGGACCGUGAUUUAUUGCAACUUAUCUUUAGCUUCAGUAAAGCUGGGUAUCCUCAGUAUGUUUCAGAGGUUUUGGAAAAAAUUACCUAUGAAAGAAGAUAUAUUCCAGAUGCAAUGAACCUCAUUUUGCUUUUAGUCACUGAAAAAUUGGAAGAUACAGCAUUGCAAGUUUUAUUAGCAUGUCCUGUAUCGAGGGAAGGCAGUCUGACUAACUUUGGCAAUUUCUUUUUACGACAUUGUGUGACCAUGAAUACGCCUGCAGAGAAACUGAUAGACUACUGUAAGAAGUUGAAGGAUGCCCAAAUGCAUACUACUCCUUUGCAGUUCACACUCCACUGUGCUUUACAAGGCAGUAAAACAGAUUUGGCAAAAACUCUAAUAAAGGCUUUGAAAGAAGAAGGUUUUCCUGUCAGAACUCACUAUUUCUGGCCUUUGCUAGUUGGACAUCAGAAGGAGAGAAAUGUUCAAGGUAUAAUUGAUAUCCUCAAAGCAAUGCGUGAAGUGGGAGUAGAGCCCGAUCAGGAGACAUACGUAAAUUAUGUGUUGCCAUCCUUUGAUAAUGUAGAGUCAGUACGUGUUCUUUUGCAGGAAAAUGAAUGUCUACCUGAAAGUACUUCAUUUGGUAUAGCUGAAUUGAGAAGUGAAGCAGUAAAAGGGAACUUAGACUUUGUUUUAUCAUUUUUGAAGUCAAAUACAUUGCCUUUGUCAUUUAAUUCUUUGAGAAAAAGCCUAAUUCUAGGCUUUAGGAGGUCUAUGAACAUACAUCUUUGGAGUAAGAUAACAGAAUUGUUGUAUAAGGAUGGACGUUAUUGCCAGGAGCCUCCAGGACCAAGGGAAGCUGUUGGCUAUUUUCUUUAUAACUUGAUUGGCAGCAUGAGUGACUCAGAGGUACAGGCCAACGAGGAGCAUUUGAGACAAUACUUCCAUCAGCUGAAGGAGAUGAAUAUAAAAAUUUAUGAAAAUAUCUACAGAGGCAUUCGUAAUCUGCUGGAUAGCUACCAUGUUCCUGAAUUGAUUAAGGAUGUUAAUAUAUUAGUGGAAAGAGAGAAGAGAGAUUCUCAAAAAACAUCAUCUGAUUUAGAGGCUACACUUGAAAAACUAAAAGAUAAUAAUCAACCUAUAGGUGAUGUCCUAAAGCAACUCAUAUUAACGCUUUGUUCAGAGGAGAAUAUGCAAAAAGCCCUUGAAGUGAAAACAAAAUAUGAAUCAGACAUGGUUGUCAGUAGCUAUGCAGCUUUAAUAAAUUUGUGCUGUCGACAUGAUAAUGCAGAAGAUGCAUUGAACUUGAAACAAGAAUUUGAGCGGUUAGAUUCAUCUGCUGUACUUCACACCAAUAAAUAUGUAGGUCUUGUAAAAGUAUUGGGAAAACAUGGCAAACUCCAAGAUGCUAUUAACAUUCUAAAGGAGAUGAAAGAGAAGAAUGUUCCUAUCCAAGAUGCAACGCUCUUGUCCUUUUUCCACAUCCUGAACGGUGCAGCUUUAAGAGGUGAAAUUGAAACAGUAAAACAGUUGCAUGAAGCCAUCGUUACUCUAGGGUUAGCAAAACCAUCUACCAACAUAAGUUUCCCAUUGGUCACUGUACACCUGGAAAAGGGUGACUUACUUGCUGCCCUUGAAGCCAUGAUUGUUUGCUAUAAAAAGUAUAAAAUAUUGCCGAGGAUGCAUGAUGUCUUAUGUAAACUGGUAGAGAAAGGAGAGACUGAUCUAAUCCAGAAAGCAAUGGACUUUGUAAGCCAAGAACAAGGUGAAAUGACGAUGCUCUAUGAUAUCUUCUUUGCCUUCCUACAAACAGGAAAUUACAAAGAGGCCAAGAAGAUCAUGGAGACUCCAGGCAUUAGAGCGCGACCUACAAAACUUCAGUGGUUUUGUGAUAGAUGUAUCACUAAUAAUAAGAGGGAAGCUCUGGAAAAAUUAGUGGAGUUGACGCAAAACCUGUUUGAAUGUGAUAGAGACCAGCUGUACUACAGUCUGCUAAAGCUAUACAAAAAAAAUGGUGACUGGCAAAGAGCUGAUGCUAUCUGGAAUAAAAUGCAAGAAGAAAAUAUUAUUCCUCGUGAGAAGACAUUAAGAUUAUUAGCAGACAUUCUAAAAGACAAUAAUCAAGAAGUUCCUUUUGAUGUUCCUGAGUUGUGGUAUGAUGAUGAUGAACAUUCCCCAAAUUCAUCACCCCGACCUGUAGACCCUCUUACUGAGAAAGCGGUGUUGAAUGCCUGCCAGCAGCGGAAAAACCGAGAUGCAUAUAAUAUUUUCCUGAGAGCACAAAGACAAAACAUUAUAUUCAGCAGUGACACUUACAGAACUCUUACACAAUUACUGCUGUUGACGGACAAUUUCACACAAGCGAUAGAAGUGAAAAUGGCCGCUGAGACCCACAUCAAGGGCUUCACACUGAACGAUGCUGCCAACAGCUUCCUCAUCAUAGCGCAAGUUAGGCGGGAUUAUUUGAAAGAGGCUCUAACAACUUUAAAAACAGCCUUGGAUCUGGACCAGACUCCUUCUAAGCUAUCAGUGACCCGCCUUAUCCAGGCGUUUGCCUCUAAGGGUGAUGUGCAGAGUGUAGAAGCAAUCCAAAAGAUGGUCAGUGGACAUGACUCCAUUGGGCUCUCAGGAAUGAUUUUCAUCAAUAACAUUGCUUUGGCACAAAUAAAGAAUAACAACAUAGAUGUUGCUAUAGAAAACAUUGAAAAUAUGCUUACUUCAGGGAACCAAACCAUAGAGUCUCGGUACUUUGGCUUGUCAUACUUAUUCAGAAAAGCAAUAGAGGAGCAGAUAGAACCAGCAGUUGAAAAAUUAAGUAUCAUGGCAGAGAGAUUGGCCAAUCAGUUUGCAGUUUACAAACCAGUCACUGAUCUUUUCCUUCAGCUUGUGCAAUUGGGCAAGGUGGAUGACGCCAGAGCUCUCCUACAGAGAUGUGGUGCAAUUGCUGAACAAACCCCAAUUCUGUUGGUGUUCUGUUUUAGGAUUGCUCAGCAAAAGGGAAAGGCACCAGUUCUGAAUUCUUUGUUAGAAUUGAUUCCCGAAUUACGUGAAAAGGAAGAAGCAUACACUUCCGCCAUGAAAACCUAUGUCUUGGACAAUGAUGUACCAUCUGCUAAAAUGCUGUACAAAUAUUUGACUGCAAAGAACAUGAAAAUGAAUGACCUAUUUCUAAAGCGUUAUGCACUUCUGCUGAAGAAUGCUGGAGAGCCUGUUCCUUUCAUUGAGCCCCCUGAAAGCUUUGAAUUUUAUUCAAAACAGCUAAAGGAAUCAAAGGAAAACCCUUCCUGAAAUAAGCAGAGGCUGCCUUGUUUUGUGUGUAUUUGUGAUCCUAUGUCUAAGUAUUAUUUCUAAGAUGUGUUUGAGAGAAAAAAAUAAAUAAGUAAAUUGAAAAUUA